AUGAACGAUGAUGUUUUCGUUGUUGUCAAAUAUGAUUACAAUGCACAAGAAGAAGGCGAACUUACAAUUAAAAAGAACGAAAGACUUAAAUUAAUUGAUGACUCCAAGAAUUGGUGGAAAGUUGUAAACGAAGAAGGCAUCGUUGGUUUUAUUCCAUCGAAUUAUGUUCGCAAAGAAUCAUUUGUGGAAAAAGCAAAAGGAACAAUUAAAGGGUUUGGCAAGACGAAAUCAAAAAGCAAAACAGCUGAUUUCAAUCAGGCUUCCUCUUCAGAGCUCAUUAUCAGUCGUCCAGCAUUAGCCGCUGUUUCUGGAAAUGGUAGUUUCGAAAAUGGUUUCAGUAGAUCAGUUAAAGUGGGUGGAGUAAUGUCACAAGCUGUUGCAAAAUAUUCUUAUGAACCACAGCGAGAAGAUGAAUUAAGGUUAUGCAAAGGUGAUGUUGUUACAGUUCUUGAGAAAAGUUCCGACGGCUGGUGGAAAGGAAAGUGCCGAGAACAAAUGGGAUGGUUUCCUUCGAAUUAUAUUGACGAAUCUCCUUCAAAUACUUUUUCGACUCCAAAGACUAAUAUCGAAAUAGGGAACGGUCUCAACAAGCCUCAGAAUGGACUCAUCAUGUUGCCUUUGCAAAGGGUCCUUGAAGUAGUCGUUGCAUUAUAUUCAUUUGAAGCCCAAAAUGCAGAAGAAUUAUCAUUCUAUAAAGGAGAGCGUUUGGAAAUUAUCGAUCAUCCAGCUCAUGAUCCAGAAUGGUGGAAAGCUCGAAAUGAAAAAGGUUGUACAGGACUUGUACCAACAAAUUAUAUUGAGGUAGUGGAUUCAAAUCCGGAUCCAAAUGUGAAUCAUUUUGUUUCGUCCGUGUCAGAGCGGAGAUUGAAAGCUCCAUCUAGUAACAACGGAAUUACUUCAGCAAUUAGAAAUGGCAGCAAUUCUCGACUCACUGGUCCUUAUGCAAAUCAACCAUGGUAUUAUGGAAGAUUGUCACGUGACGAGACUGAUGCAUUAUUGAAUGCCCGUGGUGUCAAUGGUGAUUACUUGGUUAGGGAUAGUGAAAGUAACCCAGGUGAUUAUUCGAUUUCACUGAAAGCAGCAGGUCGUAAUAAGCAUUUUUGGGUACAAGUGGAUACUACGAACAAAUCUUUUAAAAUAGGCACUCGAACAUUCAUAACUAUGGAUGAUCUAUUGAAACAUUAUAUGGCAAGUCCAAUUUAUACAAAUGAUAAGACCAAUGAACGAUUGUUUCUGAUUAAACCGCUGCCAAGAUGA